AUGGAGUUCAUCCCCGACAGCUGCUGGAACGCCGGGAUGCCCAGCGCGCCGAUGAUGAGCUGCGGCCGGUUCCGCACGGCCAGCAGGUUCCGGAACGUGCCGCGCACCGCCCGCGCCGCCUCGCUCGCCUCCUUGAGGUCCUCGAACUCGGCGUCCACCUUGUGCGUCCCGCGCACCUUCUCCAGCACGCGCCGGGCCUCCUCCAGCCGCCCGCGCUCCACCAGGCUGUUGGGCGUCUCCGGCAGGAACAGCGCGCCGACGAAGAUGGCGGUGGCGGGCACCACGGCGAGGCCCAGCGAGAGGCGCCACCCCCACGGGUGGAUCCGGUCGGUGAAGUAG